CCAUAACUAUUUAAAUUUCGCGCCAGGAAUUCUUUCAAGUCUCGUGUAAACUCACGUUUAGUUUCAAAUCGCGGGAGAAUUACUAAAUCUGAAAAUUCAAACAUGUGAAAUUUCUGUGUUUAUUGCCUAUACAUGCUGUAGUAAACGUUAAUAAUACAUCAUAAUUGAUUGCAUUCAAGGUUUAUAACCAACAUAGAACGUGUUACUCAAUAAGUGUGAAGAUGACUGAACGUGAUGUUGAGAUGGAAGAAAAUGAAGAUGGAGACAUAAGUGGGGAAAGUGAUGCAGGAAGUGAACCAAAUGACAUGUCUGAAGAUGACAAUGACUCUGGAGAAGAUGACGAUGACAAACAUUCGCUAAAGAUACAAGAACUUGAAGCACAAAUUACCUCCAACCCAUAUAUGUAUGACCCACACGUGGAGCUCAUUUCAUUGCUCAGAGCUGAAGGGGAACUUACAAAGUUACGUGAGGCCCGUGAGAGAAUGAGUAAUAUAUUUCCAUUGACAGAAAAGCUGUGGCUAGAAUGGUUAAAGGAUGAGGUACCCCUUGCAGCUGACAGCCCAAGUGAAAGGAUAAGAAUUAAUGGAUUGUUUGACAGAGCUGUGAAUGACUAUAUGUCUGUUUCCGUGUGGCUCGAGUACGUUCAAUACUCAAUAGGUGGCCUUGCAAGCGAGGAUGGUCUAGCAAACACACGUCAAGUGUUUGAACGGGCAUUGGUAGCCGUAGGCCUGCACGUCUCAAAGGGUGCCCAUAUAUGGGAAGCAUAUCGGGAAUUUGAACUCGCAAUUCUUGCAGGUUUACAGCCUGCCCCGGGAUCAACAGCAACAACAGAGCAGCAAGAGAAACUGGAUGACCAGGUGAAGAAGAUUUCCACCUUGUUCAGGAGGCAGCUGGCAGUUCCUUUGAUAGAUAUGGAAGCCACUUGGACUGAAUAUGUAGAUUUUGUGGAUGAGGUGGAUAGCUAUGUGGAACAGACCUAUAAGAAAGCCCUGGCUAGACUCCAGAAACUCAUGCCCUUUGAAGAUAGUUUGGACCUGGCAAGCUCUCCAAGUUUGGAGGAUUUCCAGAAGUAUAUCGAGUUUGAGAGUAAAGAUGGUGAACCUGCAAGAAUACAGUGCAUCUAUGAGAGAACGAUAACAGUACAUUGUCUCAUACCAGAACUAUGGCUUCAGUAUCUCAACUACCUGGACAGUAAGCUGAAGAUCCCUACAGUGAUAUUCUCAGUGUAUGAACGGGCAUCUAGAAACUGUCCCUGGUCUGUUGGUAUAUGGCAGGGUUACUUGAGGGCAGCAGAAAGACACACUCAACCUGAAGAUAAGACCAAAGAGAUAUUUGACAAGGGUCUACAAGGAGGGUUUGCAGAAAGUGGUGAUUAUCUUCAGUUAUGGCAUUCCUACAUUGACUAUAUUAGAAGAACUGUCAAUUGGGAGGAAGAUCACACUGAGAGCCUAGAGAAACUAAGGACCACAUUUGACCAAGCAAUUGAGUACAUGCAGAAUGCGUAUGGAGUAGAGGGAGACCCAGAGUGUUCGCUUCAUAAAUACAGGGCUUGGGUGGAGGCCAAAUACUGCAACAAUAUGGAGAAAUGCCGUCAGCUCUGGAAUGAUAUCAUGGUUCUUGGACAUGGGGCAGAAGCCAAUAUGUGGAUAGAAUUCUUCAAUAUUGAAAGGACAUUUGGUGAUCCAAAACACUGCAGAAAGGUCUUACAACGUGGUAUUAACUCUGCCAAUGACUUCCCAGAUCUGGUUUGUGAGGCGUACAUCAAGUAUGAAAGGGAAGAGGGGACUCUGGAGCAGUUUGACCUGGCAACCCAAAAGUGUCAUGCUCAGUUGGAGAGAAUUAAAGAAAGGAGACUCAAAGCUGCAGAAAAAGAGGAACUAGGCAAAGAACACAAAAAACAACCCAAGCAAAAACAAACAAAACAAGCCAAGCAACAACAACACCAAAACAAGCAACAGAAGUUCCAGAAACAAGAUACAAAGGAGAAAUACCAGAAAAGCGCAACUCAAGAAAAGCAAGGAAUGAAAAGGAAGUAUGAGGACCAAUCCACCAAUGAGGCAUCAAGUAAAGAGACUGGCGAUGGUUUCCAGGCCUCCAAAGCUCCUGUUUCUAAAUCCCCACCCCCAGGCUUCAAAGCACCAGCGCCCCCAGGUUUCAAAGCUCCUGCCAGUAAAGCCCCACCCCCAGGAUAUAAAGGACCCCCUCCUCCGGGAUUUAAGGGACCGCCUCCCCCUGGAUUUAAAGGUCCACCCCCUCCAGGUUACAAAGGGGAUGAACCAGCUGCCAAAAAGCUUAAAGAAGAUACUCACGAAAGCAGUUCUACCAAAGCUGAGGAUCCUGGGAAAAACAAUGCUGCCCAUGACCCUAGCGACCACAACAAAGAUCUGACAGUCUUCGUUAGCAACCUUGGUUAUGACAUCACAGUUGAUAAGAUACGGGAAAAAUUUACGCAAGUCGGUGAUCUCAGUGAUAUAAGACUGGUGAAAGACUACAAGGGGCGCUCUAAAGGCUUUUGCUAUGUAGAGUUCAAACAAUUUGCAUCUGUAGCUGAAGCGUUGAAGCUGGAUCGGCAACCCAUAGAUGGAAGACCAAUGUUUGUAUCUCCAUUCCAGAAAGAUAAUAGAAAUAAACUCAAGUUUGACACAGGACUUGAGAGGAACAAGCUAUUUGUGAAAAAUCUGCCAAACACUACAACUAAAGAAGCAUUAGAGAAUAUAUUUAAACAGCAUGGUAUACUUAAGGAGGUGCGGCUUGUGACGUAUAGGAAUGGGGCCUCUAAAGGCAUGGCAUACAUAGAGUACGAGGACCAGGCUGAUGCUAGUACAGCUAUGUUAAAGACAGAUGGUCUAGAAAUUGGUGAUAAAACAAUAUCAGUUGCCAUUAGCAACCCGCCACCCAGAAAAAUGCCAAUGAAAGAUCGAACAUUUGCGCCAUCUUUAGGAGGAGGAAAGAAACAAAUGGAAGAUCGUAAGGCGAGAACUCAAGUGUCAUUUAUGCCUCGAUCAGUUCAUAAGCCAUCAUCAACUGUGACAUCAAAAUCAUCUAGUGUAACAUCACAAUCAUCCAGUGUGACAUCAUCAUCCACAUUAGACAGUACAGAACAGAAACCCCAGGCUACCGCAGGAAUGAGCAAUGCAGAUUUCAGAAAUUUACUUUUGAAGAAAUGA